AUGAAUAAUCAAUAUAUGCGAAGGGAAGUCUUCUGCUGUGAAACCUGUCAUGAUCUUAAAAGCUUCUGGGAAAAAGAAAUUGGCAAGCAAACUUGCUAUCGGGAAUUGGAAGAAGAUCGUCAGGGAAAAAGUGCUCUGUCAAAGCUCAGAGAUGAAUGGAAGCAGAUGUUGGAAAAAAGGUUAAAGAUGCUGGACAAUCCUGAUGAGAAUGAAAAGCCCACCAAUGCCAACUGAAAACUCCUUACAUUUGAGAGAAUAAUGAACUGAAGUCAUUUAUCUUUGAGAAUUCAGUGCAAAUGCUUGAAUUGCUUUGAUUAACUAAAUGGAAUGAGUACUGUUUGUUUUCCCAUUUGUGAGGGGAUUAGAAUAUGAAACCUCUUCGAGUGUUAAUGGAAGCUAUUAACCAACCCAAUAUUCUGUGUAUACAUAACCUCAAAUAUAUCAAAGAGCUCCAGACUUAACUAAUGUAGGCAGUGCUCUGGAUUAGCACCAUAUAAAAGUUUCAAACAUCUAGGCACAAGAAUUCAUUUCCAUGUAAUUAUCCCCUCAUUUUAAAAUUGAAAUCCUUUAUAUUUCAAGAACACCUAAGUGCCAGUCUUAAUGGUAAUGUCCCUAACAAUAGAUGAUAAUUCUGUUUUUUCCUUUCUCCUAGACAAUUAGAUUCUUGAGAUUAUCUUUUUUUUUUCUUUCUUCCUCCUUUCUUUUUGUUGUUUUUUUGUUUGUUUGGUAGCACAGACUAUUACAAAUUCAUUAAAGAUGUAGCUGGGAAAUGAAUCACUCUGAUUUUCUUUUCUCUUUAUGUUUUUUGGCUCUACUUCUACAAAAAAAUAUAUUAAAAUGGUUGAAGGCAUUCUUUCACAAUGUGUCCCUAGAAAAACUAAAGCAGAUUUGAGUCACUGUGAGUCAGAACUUAC